CAUCGUCGUUUGGUUAGUUGUCAUCGUUGUCACUAAAAGACGGAAAACUUUAUGUUGUCAUUUUUCUGAACCAUCGAAUUUUAACAACCAUUCAAAAUGUCUGCAUUAUUCGACGAUCUAAAUUUCUACAUCACACCAGAUAAAUUUAUCAUUGAACCGCGGGGCGUUAAUGAACAAUUGGUCAUCAGCCGUGUGAGCAAAGACAUUACCGUACAAGCUCGGGCUUAUCAAUCGGUUGAAUCGCGAGCAACUCGGCGAAUUUGCGGUAUUAUUGGAACCAUCAAUCUGAUCAAUGGAUUCAAUUUGAUCGUAGCCACACAUCGCGAAUAUGUGGGCCAAAUCAAUGGACAAGUUAUUUGGAGAUUAGCUGGUUAUGACAUCAUUCCGUACAUGUCGGCAAGUCAUUUUCUCAGUGUGAGCCAGAAAUCCCAGAAUGACACCUAUCUACUAAUGCUGCACAAAAUGCUAGACACUCCAUACUUUUACUUCUCAUAUAGCUACGAUUUAACGCACACUCUGCAGAGAUUGCAUUCGAUGCCACCCGAUUUUUUGCAGAUGGGUCUCAACGAACGAGCAGAGUCGCGAUUUGUAUGGAACAAAUUUCUGCUGCAACCAUUUCAAUCGCAAAAUUUGAAGUCCUACUGCUUGCCGCUGAUUCAUGGAUUCGUGUCGAUCAAUCAGCUAAAUAUCAAUAACAAUCAAUUUACAUUGAUAUUGGUAUCUCGGCGGUCGGUUCAGCGUGCCGGUGUACGACUGUUUAGCAGAGGAAUCGAUCGUAAUGGCUAUUGCUCAAAUUUUGUCGAAACGGAACAAAUUGUCGAAUUUGCCGGCGAUCGAGCAUCGUUCGUUCAAACUCGUGGUAGCAUUCCAUUGUUUUGGGCCCAGUCCCCAAAUUUGCAAUACAAACCGAAGCCUACAAUCGAUUCGCUGAAGAAUCAUAUGAACAUGGCUGCCGCAUCGAAACACUUGGACACACAAAUGCAACUGUACGGACGACAGGUUUUGGUGAAUUUGAUCGACCAUCGAGGUGCCGAAGGAAGCCUCGAAACUGGAUUCGCCAAUAUUAUUGCCCAGAUCAACAAUUCGGUGGUACGCUACGAAUCGUUCGACUUUCAUUCGGAGUGUCGUAAGAUGCGCUGGGAUCGAUUAAACAUUUUAAUCGAUCGGGUGGCGCACGAACAAGACGAUUUCGGAUGGUUUCAUUUGCGUCGCGAUGGAACGCUGCUAUCCAGCCAGGAUGGAGUUUUUCGCACCAAUUGCGUGGAUUGUUUAGACCGGACGAAUGUUGUGCAGAGCAUGCUGGCGAAACGGUCACUGAAAAUGAUUCUGACGAAAUUGGAAAUUUUGAAUGCUGGACAAACCAUCGACAGUACGGCAACGCUGUCCAGUUUGUACAAAAACGUUUGGGCAGACAAUGCAGAUCUGGUGUCGAUUCAAUAUUCUGGAACGGGAGCCCUAAAAACGGACUUUACACGAACGGGCAAGCGAACGAUGCAGGGAGCGCUGAUGGAUGGAUACAACUCGAUGGUGCGAUAUUUUAAGAACAAUUUCGCUGAUGGCUUCAGACAGGACUCAAUCGAUCUAUUCUUAGGCAAUUAUUUAGUUCAAGGUGCUGACGAAGGAUCCAUUCUACCGUGUCCGUUGCAAGUGACCAAAGGAUGGAAACAGAGAACAUUCCCAAGUUUAUUGGUAUUUGCGUGUGCUAUGUUCUUUUCGUCUGCCAUACUACCGCAAGUGUACAACACGGAAAACAUGUUAUUCCUUAUGUUUUGGGGUAUGGCCGUUGGAUUCACCAGUCGCACCAUAUUCCGACACGGCGAAGAGUUUGUCGAUUGGCCAAAAUUAGUUACAUUUAAUCAAGAUCCGUAGCAAUGAGUUUAAUAAUGUGAUUGAAAUAGUGUAAUGGGAGCCGAAUACGAGAGGCAAUUUUUGAUAAUUUAUUGUUUUGUUUUUGUAAUUUUCCUUUAUUCCCGUUCUUGUCCGUUUGCGGUGAUUCAGUAAAGUAUAAGAGAACCUAGUUUCUUCAAUAGAAAUAUAGUUGCUUAGUUUUGAGUGUAGAUGAGUUUAGGUACUGAUUCUAUCGUAAUAUGAAUUCAAAUUUAAUCCAAUUCAAAUUGUAAUGAAUUUAAAUAAAUUCCAUUGUUUAUAUACCU